AUGCGUGUGAGAAUACACCUGCCACUUUUGCUGUUUAUCUGCUUAAGCCAACAGCUACGAACAGCUGCGGAGACGCUGACUGACGACUGGGCCGCGCAGUUGACGGAUGGAGAGGCUCAAGCUCAGACGGAUUUCGAAACGUCUGGAGAUGCCAAUGCGCCGCAUAUACGUAAAAAACGUCUUGUUUGGAUAACUGACGAUGGACGUCUGGCACUGCCGCCAGGCACAACGCUAACAUUUACGCCAACAAUUGCAAUGCCAUUGGUGCGCCAUCCGCCUGAAGGCUUCUUCUCAAAUCUAACCAUCAGUUUUCCCGUCACAAUUGACUUUGAUAAGCUGGGACUGACGGACAAUCAAAAUCCACUGGGUGACUUACCCUUCUUUGCUCGUUCCUUUGGUCAUGGUGCGGGUCAGAUGGUGGGCGAGUAUGUAGCACGGUACUUGCAUGUGCAGAGACGCAAGCGUGACUUGACCAGCGCGGCAGCAGAUAAACCCUACAAGAUUCAGGACACGCUGCAAUUUCCGGAGUUGCCCGCUAACUUUAAGCACAUUUUUCAUGGCGGCGAACGCGUGCUGCUCUAUGGAGUCGUGGAGGACUUUCUAUCCACUUUUGGCAUGGACGGCAAGGCGUGUCUGCUACGCACCAUUUGUGAAAUGCAUUCGCGCAGCUUAGAGAAGUUCGGCGUGUUUGGCGAACUGACCAAGCUGUUCCUAACCGUAACCAAGUCGCCAUUUUCGGAGCUGAUACCAGAAUAUGUGCGUGCACAGCGUGUAGGCGAGGGUAAGCAGGCACCUGGUGAAUGCUUUCCUUAUUACAAGGCCUGUCCAAAAAGUAUUUUCAAGGCCUUGGCUAACAAGUAUAGCGCUCAGUCGGCGACAACAGAGACAACUACAACUACAAACAAACCUGUGGGAGAGUACCAUGAGCAAGAGGCGGUGCUGCUGCCAGAGCAGCAUUCAGAACAAGAACAGCUUAAUACCAAUGCUGUUUACAUGUAGAUUGGAGUCCAGACUAGUUAAACCUCUUUAAGUUUAAGUGGCAGCAACUGUCUCGUGUUGCCAC